AUGGGGGAGCUCGUGCUGGCGAAGUUCGCGGGGCAAGCGGUGGUAAACAUCGUGGAGCUAAUUCUGGAGUGUGUGGACUCGAUCGGAAGUAUUGUGAGAGGCAUGAAGGAGAACAACCGUCACGCUUCUCAACUGUUGGAGAUAGUGGAGGCAAUCGAGCCUCCCAUACGCGCCAUACAGAAGAAGGGCACCACACUGUCCGGUUCCGAGUCGCUGCGCCAGCUGCUGGAGACCGUGCAGGAAAUCCGAACCGUCUUGGACGAGUACGCGCGGACGUGUAUUGUCGCGCGCGCUUUGAAGAGGAAGAAGAUCGCCAAGAAGUUCGCAUGGCUCGGCAACAACCUCACCCAGAAGAUGCACGCGGUUCAGCUGGGCGACAUAGCGGACCGUUUGGACGAUGUGCCACCUGCACCGGCUGCCGCUGUGCAACGUGCACCGGCUGCCCGGACGAGCAUUGGAGUUCCGGCGAAGAACGUGGCGGACGUGCUGAAACAGGCGCCGACGACUGUAGGGCAAUCCACCGCAGUAGGGGCAGCGGCCGGCGGGGCAGGCGGGGCUUUGUUGGCGGUGGUUGGUGCGGAGACCUUGACCGCGGCGGCAAUCGCGAACGCUGCCUUGGCGGGAGCGGUUUGUACGGGCAUCGUUGGUGUAGCGGUUGGAGUGGGGAUUGUAGCGUACCAAGCGAUGAAUUUUGCUCAGUCCAGCCAAACGUCUUCCUGAUGUCGUGUUGCCCAGCAAACAUUGCGAACUGAAAAGGGCCAGACGAGGUUGCAAGCACUCUCAAGAGGCAGAUAUCGAAUAACACAAUCGACGCAUAGCCCAAACGGAUGGACACGGCGGCGUUAUGGGGGGGGGGUAGUUUGGUAUUCCAGCAACGGCAUUUCUGAUGGAGGAGAGGGGGUCAGAAUAGAGGAACGGCGUAACUCGAUCCUCCUUGUGUGUCUACCCGUGUUCAUCAGAGAUCUGUUCUGAGUCCAACAAGUGCCUGGGUCCUAGGAAAACUUCGGCCUGCACCGCGUUAAUCGUGUCCGUGUCCACUGUUCGAUGGGGUUAAUGUGGAUAUAUAUGAACGGGAGGAAAAGUCUAAAUGAAUGGUGCGCAACAGGUUAUUCUUGUUGCUAUUAGUCUGUCGUCUUGAAGUGCCAAUUUUUUUUAAUUAAGAAGACUUCCUUCCCCGCCAUGUUUCUCAAAAUAAAACUCUCCUGAUCGGAGGAUUAGUUUUCU